CAGCUGGAAGGGUAUAGGAAUGAUAGGGAGCUGCAGAAUGGGGAUGGGAUAGGAUGGGGACUGUCAGAAGGGGUGGGGACAGAUUUGGGACAGGGAGGAUGGGAGCAGGAUGGGAUUCUUAGAGGACAGAAUGGGGACAGCCAGGAGGAGGACAGCCAGGAUGGGAGCGGGAUGGGAUGGGGACCAUCAGAAGGGGUUGGGGACAGGGUGGGAGUAAAAUGAGAUGGGAACAGGGAGAGUUUAUUACAGGACAGAAAUAGGGCUUCAGGAGGGGAACGGGAGGAUGGAGACGGGCAAGGCAGGGACAGGAAUGGAAUUGUUGCAGGACAGUGUGAGGGUGGCUGGGAUGGGGACAGGGAGUUUGAGGAGAGGAUUGAAUUAUUACAGGACUGAAUAAUGGGGACAGGAAGGAUGAGGAUGGGAUGGGAUGGGGACAGGGAUGAUGAGGACAGAAUGGGAUGGGAAUAAUGGGAACAAGGAGGAUGGGGACAGGAUGGGAGGGGGACAGAGAGGAUUGGGACGAGGAGGACGGUGACAGCACGGCUCACUCCAGCACGGGGACAGCGAGGAGGGCCCAACCACACCAGGGCCAGCCAGGAGGGGCCGCCAAAACCCCACCACCAUCACCACCACCACCACCACCACCCUAUAACCCCCCUCAUCCCCAUCCCAUCCUUCCGCUCCCUUCCUUUCUUUCUCCCUCCCUCCAUCCCUCCCUCCCACUGCGGCCUCCGGGAGGGGGAUGCGGGCCGUGGGGGUGCUGGGGCUGGGGGCCCUGCUGGCCUGGCUGCCCCCUGCCCACACUGAUACCUUCUCAGCUCUGCGCAGCGUCCGUCAGGCGCGGGGCAAUGAGGGGCGGCUGCUGCGGAGGCUCCGUGCGUACCUCCGGGAGGAGAGCGCCCGGCUCCGCCGCCUGAGCAGGUUCUAUGAGAAGGUCCGGGCACUGCACCAGGACCCCAGCGCCUCCGUGGACAACCCUUUGUUGGCCUUCAGCCUCAUCAAGCGCCUGAGCUCCGACUGGCCCAGCGUUGUCUACAGCAGUGAGGCCACUGAAAACAGCCGUGCGCUCCAUGUCGGAUUCCAGGAGUUGCAACGGGAGCUGCCUGGAGCUGAGGACCUGGACGGGGCGGCGCGGGCGCUGAUGCGGCUGCAGGACGUCUACGCACUGAGUGUCAAGGGCAUGGCCAACGGCCUCUUCCAGCCCACCAGCACUGACCGCCCACCCCUGUACAGCCCUGGCCGGCGUGUCUCGCUCUCGGCCGAUGACUGCUUCCAUGUGGGCAAGGUGGCCUAUGACACAGGUGACUUCUACCACUCCAUCGCGUGGCUGGAAGAGGCCGUCAGCCGCUUUCGCCUCUCCUAUGGCAGCUGGAACCCAGAGGAGGAGAGGGGCAGCCUGGAGGACGCUCUGGACUACCUCGCUUUCUCCUACUUCAUGGCUGGAAACAUCUCCCAUGCGUUGACUCUCUCCAGGGAGUUUCUCCACUAUGAUCCCAGCAACCAGAGGGUAACAAGGAAUGUGGCCAAAUAUGAGAAGCUGCUGGCAACACAUGGGGACCGUGUGGGGAGACCCUUGCAGCGCCCCAAUGUCACCCAGCUGCAGAACCGGGACGCCUACGAGGAGCUGUGCCAGGGCCUGGGGGCACAGAUGGCCCCAGAGCAGCCCUCACACCUUGGCUGCUCCUACGAGACCAAUGGCAGCCCCUACCUCCUGCUGCAGCCUGCCAAGAAGGAAACGCUGCGGCUCCAGCCCUACAUUGUGCUGUACCACGACUUCGUCAGCGAUGCCGAGGCUGAGACCAUUAAGGGACUGGCAGGGCCCUGGCUGCAGAGGUCCGUGGUCGCCUCUGGAGAGAAGCAGCAGAAAGUGGAGUAUCGGAUAAGCAAGAGUGCCUGGCUGAAGGACACAGCUGACCCUGUGGUGCGGGCACUGGAGCUGCGCAUGGCAGCCAUCACCGGCCUGGACCUGCGGCCACCCUAUGCUGAGUACCUGCAGGUGGUCAACUAUGGGCUGGGAGGCCACUACGAGCCCCACUUCGACCAUGCCACGUCCAGGAAGAGCCCCCUUUACAGAAUGAAGUCGGGCAACAGGAUCGCCACGGUCAUGAUCUAUCUGAGUGCAGUGGAGGCGGGUGGCUCCACUGCUUUCAUUUAUGCCAACUUCAGCGUGCCAGUGGUUAAGAAUGCAGCCCUGUUCUGGUGGAACCUGAGAAGGAAUGGUGAUGGUGACGGGGACACCCUACACGCUGGAUGCCCCGUGCUGGCUGGGGAUAAGUGGGUGGCAAACAAGUGGAUCCAUGAGUAUGGGCAGGAGUUUCGGCGGCCGUGCAGCCGGGACCCACGGGACUGAGCGACCAGCUGGGCUCAAGGAUGCAGCUCCAGACCUGGGUGCUGUCAUUGUCACCAUGGCAGUGAAAAGCCUCCCCAGCACAGUGCAGCUCCACUGGGGUUCAUCCAGGAGAAGAAGAGGGUGCUGCUGCAGGGGGAGGAUAUGCUUGUUCAGCUGUGGCUUCCCUCUGGGAAAUCUGUUGAAAAUAAAAUUGAAGGAGACUCAAACUGGAUGCUGGGAGAAAUACUUUAGUGUGGCAUUAAGGUUACUGGGCAGGUGGGGGGGAGUGGAUGGUACAAAACCCACACUUCCCAUAGCUUUGACCCUAAACACACCCCUCUCAAGUCUCCUAAGAGGAGCAGCAGUGAGAGCUAUGGCACUCCUACAGCCAUCAGUAUGCUUCAGAGUGACCAAAGAAGCCACAUGGACCAGAGCAUAGCCAACACUACCCUUACUCAAAAAACAACCUGCUGUGGGGUCCGGAUGCAUCUCAAACCUGGUGUGCAACCUCAUGCUCCGCUCUGGUGCCAGGGUACAACAGCAGAGAACAGCACAGCCCCUUGUCCUCUGCCAGCAUCACACGAUGAAUCUUUUUUGCAGAGCUGCUGCUGUAAGAGGGACCUUGGUGCUGGAGCUCAGAGUGCAGCAAAGCCAGCGCAGGGGCUGCUGCCUUCCAGCCUCCCUGGCCCCCAGCCCACGCGCAGCCCCAUUUCCCCAGGGCACUGCAGACAAGCUCCCUUUUUCUAUCCAACCACAGUGCUGGCGUGACUGGAAGGCAAAGGAGGCAGCCGGGCUCCCCAGCAACACCUGGUGAUCAGGCUGGGCCCCUGUACCACUUGUUUGCUCUGUGCAUUUCAGACAGGGUGACAGGAGCAGCUGACCAGGCAAUGCAGAAUGGAUGGGGUUGAGGUCGGCUCCUGCACACUCUCAGCCUGCAAAGAAACUCCCUGACCUUAAGGGAAGAGGUUUAAGAGCUUCCCAAACACCUGGGCUCUGCUGUGCCUCCUUGCACAUAAAAACCUACAGAGCUUCAGCCCACACUGCCCUGAAUUCCUGCAACCGAAGCAGGGUGUUAAAAAACACAUGGUCCAACACAGCACAGGUUACUGAACAGCCAAAGCACCACGUUUUAUUACUUUCAGAUGUUUCUGUACAUGUGGGAGCAAUCAGUGGUGAAGGGGAGGGGAAAAAGACUGUGGCUCCAGCAUCCCCUCCUCCUCCCCACACUGGAGCACAGAGAAGGGAUGUGGGGACGUUUCUGAGGAUGAGACACUUCCAUGAGUCACCAGAAAAACCCAACGCAGACCUCACCACUGUGACAGCCCAAGAACAGCCAGAUCUACCCCUUCCCAGAGGCUGCUAUUGGCAAACAGAGGAAUUCCUAACCCAGGCUUUGCACAAAUGCUUUAUUUGGAGGCGAGAGCAACGGACACCAAACAAGGUACCAGCAGGACGAGGCUGACACAGGACACAGCAGUCUCCAGAGGACUGACAGACACAAACACAUUUUCCUUUUGGAAACAACAGCAAACGAUACGAGGUCACCUGAGAGCUACACCCUGCCAGGCUGGAAACCCGACUGGCCCAGCAUCCGACAGCAAAGCCUGCAGCAAAAACCCAAGCGCGGUCCCACAGGUUUCAGCUGCUUUGCAGAUGUGGUGCCAAGUUUAUGUGGAAAUGCAACCUGGGGCUAGGCUGGCACACUGGUUUUUGACCUUACCCAGAAGAUCCAAGUGUAGAUUUUCAGGCAUGUGAAGCAGCAGUUAAGCCCAGCUGACUUGCCAGACAUCUCCCAUUCACACUCAAGACAAAAGGCAACAGUGGAGAGGAAGAGAAACGUGCAGAUCAGAUCAAGAUAAUGCGGGCUCUCCUUCUCCUGUAUCUGCAUGGUGCUGGAGCAGAAAGCCAGCAAAGGGCUGUGCCCUGCUGCAAUUGCUCAGCCCUGCCCUGUAGAAACAGGAAAAGCCACUCUGAAAGGUGGGAAGCAGGGCUGAAACUCAGGUCACACAGCCCCUUCCUCUGCCAAAAGACAAAUAUCACCCACAGCUGUCAUCUCCAAAAUACAGUCAGAUUCCAGGGGAGGAAACCCGGUUGUGUUUGGGGGUCUGACAGCUCCAAGCACAGCCCACAGACCUCUGCAUCACUGCUCUGCACUUUCACUCCUUACCACCAGUGCUUAUUUCUAGAGAGUAUGUCUCAGCUGCUCACAACCUGACCUCCAGCUGCAACAACCAUCAGUAUUUUCAAUUGGCUUUGGUACAAUCUCCCACCUGCUUUGCUUCUGAAGGUGUGUGACAAGGGCAGGCUGAACAAGAGAGACAAAAAGGUUUAAAAGAAAAGCAAGCUCCAUGCAGCAAUGUGAUACAGCAACGAUUUCAACACAGUCUGAUGUUUCACCCUUGGCUUAAUGCUGUUUUCAAGAUGCCAGCAUGGAGGAGCGGCCAUUCAGACUUACACACUGCAGAUAUCCACUCAGGCUCUGUGUUCAGAGCAGAACUGCACGCUUUGGCCACACAGGAAAUAUUUUUUUCCAGCAGUCACAGUGCUCCUGUAAGCUACAAAUGGCUGAGCUACAAUUUGUCUGAUGCACGCAGCCCCAGAGCUGGCAGAACCUGUGCAGGCUCCAAGCUGAAGUCAGCCCUUACACAAACCGCUCUCCCAGACCACAUCUGCUCCUGCCAAUCCUCAGGGUUUUCCAUUGUGAAAGCUUCCACGGAUCCUCAAUCCAACGACUGGAACAAAGGCAAGAGAGAUUUCUAGAUCAUCAAACACUCCUGCUUGAAAUCUGCACCCUUACAGCUCAGCCUCCUCCUGUCUGCCUGCUUUUACACAAAGUGCUGAAGGCUGUGAAAGAAUGCACAGAUCAGACAGCAAAGGAGGGGGAACUUCCUGGGUUUCUCUACUUUUAUUAAGUGAAGGAGAACACUUUCCCCUGCAGCUCAUUUUCUGUGCUAACUUUCACCUAAAUACCAUUUCUUUCUGCCUGUUGCUCCCUCCUCCCAGGAAAAGCAAUUGCAGACAGGCAGAAAUCCUUCAGACAAAAGCAGACUCUCAAAAAUGUUUGCAAUUCAGCCCAGCGGGAAGGGAUUCCCACUCCAUCCGCUAUUGCUCUCAUCCCUGUGGUUAACUUCCCCAAAUCCAGUUCUGAGACAGCCAGGACCCAGAGCUUGGCACAGAGCAAUGCCACAUUAAAUAUCCUGCUGAAAUAUACGUGGGGAGGACUGAGGAUGCUGCCAGCCUUCAGGAUGCAUCAGGAAAAAAUGUAGCACCUCGGUUACCGAAGGUCCAUUUAAUCCACCAGGAACUACAGCUGGGCUGGACGUUACACCACGGUCACAAUGCAAUAGUGAGCAGAAAGAGGAAUGUCAGGAGCCAGCAAUUCUCUGUUAACACUGAGUGCCAAUGGUCUGGCAAUGAGCAGAGCACUCUGCAAUUUGGCUUUCUUGCCUCUGAUUCAUGCAUUUCCCACCAUGCUGUGUCGGGCAAUGGGCACAGCACAAGGCCACAACUCACACAUGAAGGAAUGAGAUGAGGAACAGCUCUCCAUCAGAGAGAAUCUCCACGUUUACCAGCUCGUCACACUGCUUCCCUUUGCCCCACCUGCACCUCAAACACACCAGAAGUUCAGGAUGGCUCUGGAGAACUGCUGCCCAUCACAGCUCCCACGAUCAAGCCAGGAACAGAACUAUGCCUCAGCAAAACAGCAUUAAAUGCUGCCUCCAUCACACAGCACAAAGGGGUUCUGGACACAAGGCAAAUGGAAUAAGAUUUCAGACAACGACCAGCAACACACUGAGAAAAACUGCUCCAAUACGUGCCAGCUCUUAUGCUCCAGAGUGAUUCUUAGGAGAGGUGAAAGCAAUCUGACCAACUGCCUGCAGGUAAUUAACCCUGAAGAAGCAUUCUCCCAUGUAACUGCAGAUUUAUGUGGAAAUACGGAAGGCAGGCAGUGAGAUGAUCUAGGAAGUGACACUGAAAACAAGGUGUAUCCUCUGGUACUGGGCAAUCAGCUGCCUGCACCUCUGCAUCAACAUCAGCAGGAUUGACUCCAAGCUCUUCCAGGAAUUUAUCUGCUGCACUUCUUGCAUCUUUUUCACCCCAACGAUGCUGAUCUCUGCUCAGUCAUGUGUGGCAGCUACACAGAGGGAAGCAUAAACACAUUCCAGAGGCAGAAAAGGGCCAAAUAGGCAAACUGCCUGUAAUUCAGGCUAUUUUUCUCAGUGAAAGCUUGAAACAAACGUUAAGGAAGCUGCAAGAUUCUGAAACAGAGCUCACGAUUCCCACCCUUGCCUUUUUGUUUUACCCUCUGGUCCAAAUUUGCACAAGAAAGCAGCAUCAGUUUUCUUCCACAGCUUAAUCCAUAAGGCUGACACUGGUGAGAUGGAACUUGAGCUUCCAACAAAGCUGAUUCCCCUACUGCUUUAGGGGAAAAAAAACGAAUGUAUAA